AUGUCUGCUGUUCCUGGUCCCGUUUACGGCCUCGAGGUCCCUCCUGGAGAGAUCUUGAUUCCUGCCGCCAUGGAGUUCCCUGCUUCUUUCCGCAUCACCAUGGCUGCCGUGGACCCUACAGAAGAGGCUGAGGCCGAUGACGAGGGUAACGUGCCUGCUGUCGCUCGAUCCACCCUUCGCCUUGUCAAGCGUGCCUUCCCCGGCCUCGAGGAGGACGACGAGGAGGAUGAGAUCGACGAGGAGUACAUGAAGGCUCUGCUUGCUGGUUCUGAUGACGAGGAGGACUCCGAUGAGGAGGCCAACGGUGGCCCUAGUGACCCUGUUAAGGCCAAGAAGCAAAGACAGGCUGCUGCUAUCAAGAAGCUCCUCGAGUCCGCUGCCCAGGAGGAGUCCGACGAGGAGAUGGAGGACGCUAAGCCCAAUGGCAAGGCCAAGGCCAAGGGUAAGGCCAAGGCUACCCAGGACGAUGAUGAUGAGGAAGAUGACGAGGAGGACUCUGAUGAUGACAGCGAGGAGGGCGGUGAUCUCGAGAACUUUGUCAUCUGCACUCUUGACACUGAGAAGAACUACCAGCAGCCUCUCGACAUCACUGUCAACCAUGGCGAGCAGGUCUUCUUCGUUGUUACCGGUACUCACACCAUCUACCUCACCGGAAACUACAUCAUGGACGAUGAUGAGGAUGACGAGGACGACGAGGAUGAUGACGAAUACGAUCUCUCCCCCGAUGAGCUUGAGUACGCCCUCGAGGGCGAGGACAGCGACGCCAGCGACGAACUCGAUGGUGUCUCAGACCCCCGCAUUGAGGAGCUCGAGGACGACGAGGAAGAGGCCCCCAAGCUUGUUGCCGCCUCCAAGGGCAAGAACAAGCGCGCCGCUGAUGAGGCCACCGAGGGUCUUGACGAGCUCAUCUCCAAGGAUGAUGCUAAGCUGUCCAAGAAGCAGCAGAAGAAGCUCAAGAACAACAAGGGCGAGGCUGUUGCCGCUGAGGAGAAGAAGGACGCUAAGAAGGUUCAGUUCGCCAAGAACCUUGAGCAGGGCCCUACCGGAUCUACCACCGAAAAGGCUAAGCAGCCCAAGGCUGCCACUGGUGUCAAGGUCGUUCAGGGUGUCACCAUUGACGACCGAACUGUCGGUAACGGCCGCACUGUCAAGAACGGCGACACUGUCGGUGUCCGAUACAUUGGCAAGCUCCAGAACGGAAAGCAGUUCGAUGCCAACAAGAAGGGUAAGCCUUUCUCCUUCAAGGCCGGUAAGGGACAAGUCAUCAAGGGCUGGGACAUCGGUGUCGUUGGCAUGGCCAUCGGUGGCGAGCGUCGCCUCACCAUCCCCGCCAGCCUUGCCUACGGCUCCCGUGGCCUCCCUGGCAUCCCCGCCAACAGCACAUUGAUCUUCGAUGUCAAGCUCCUUGAGAUCAAGUGA